AACUAUUUGGCGAGGAUAAGUGAAUUUUCAGAGGAAGUUUCUGUGAAAUUUAACGAGACAUUACAAAGUCAUAUCCUCCGCCAAAAAGUCAGCCCUCCUCGCCCAUCCUUCUUCUAUCACUCCAUUUCUUUUUGCUCGUCUUUUCCAGAAUUUCAAAACUCAUUUCAAAUGGGUGCAAAAAGACCAUCACCAUCAUCAUCAUCAUCAUGUAAGUGGACUUAUCACGUGUUCUUGAGCUUCAGAGGAGGAGACACCCGCAAGAAUUUCACCGAUCAUCUCUACACAGCUCUAAUUCAAGCCGGCAUUCACACAUUCAGAGACGACGACGAAAUCCGAAGAGGCGAGAACAUCGACUCAGAGAUCGUCAAAGCAAUUCAAGAAUCACAAAUUUCAGUGCUGGUGCUUUCCAAAGACUACGCGUCUUCAAGAUGGUGCCUCGAUGAACUUGAGAUGAUCAUGGAACGUCGGAGGACUGACGGCCACGUUGUUGUGCCUCUUUUUUAUGAUGUGGAUGCCACCCAAGUUGGGCAACAGAGCGGUGGUUACGGUGAGGCGUUUGCUAGACAUGAAACGGUGUUCGAUAAGGAGAUGGUUGAGAGAUGGAGAUCGGGUCUUAGACAAGUUGCUGACAUGGGAGGCUUGGCUUUGGAGAACAGGCAUCAGUCACAGUAUAUUCAAGAUGUUGUUAAAGAGGUUGGAAAUAAGCUGAAUCGCAUAGUGCUUAACGUUUCUCCAAACUUGGUUGGAAUUGACUUGCGUAUAGCUGAUAUUAAUUCAUGGCUACAAGAUGAUUCAAAAAAUGUUGGCGUAGCAACAAUAUAUGGAGUUGGGGGAAUCGGCAAGACAACUCUUGCAAAGAUUGUUUACAACCAGAACUUUGACCGAUUUGACGGUGCAAGCUUUCUAGGAAAUGUCAGAGAACUGUCUGAACAAUCGAACGGUUUGGUACGCUUGCAACGAAAACUUCUUUCGGAUCUUCUUGAGGGGAAAACAGUCAAAAUAUACAACACGGAUGAAGGAAUUAUGAAGAUAAAAGAUGCCAUAUGCCGCAGAAGAAUCCUUCUUAUUCUUGAUGAUCUAGAUCAGCUAGACCAAUUUAAUGCAAUCAUCGGUAUGCGGGAGUGGUUCUUUUCAGGAAGUAAAAUUAUUGUAACAACUAGACAUGAGCGCUUGCUGAGGGCAAAUGAAGUUAGUAAGAUGUUUAGAGUUAACGAAUUGGAUGAUAAUGAGUCGCUGCAGCUUUUCAGUUGGUAUUCUUUUAGGCAAGAUCAUCCUGUUGAAAAUUUUGAGCAACAAUCCAAAAGAGCUGUGGAUCUUUGCAGUGGCCUUCCGCUAGCUCUUCAGGUUCUGGGCUCCUCUCUUUCAGGCAAAAGCACACAAGUUUGGGAAAGCGCAUUGCAGAAGCUGGAAGCCAUUCCUGACAGUAAAGUUCAGAGGAUUCUUAGAGUAAGCUUUGACUCUAUAGAAGAUGAUCAUGAUAAAAGUUUGUUCCUUGACAUAGCUUGUUUUCUCACUGGAAUGGAAAAAGACUAUGCAAUUAGUAUACUACAAGGCUGUAAAUUCUAUGCAGUUGUUGGAAUUAACAAUCUCAUUGCCAGGUGUCUUUUAACAAUUAAUGAAGGAAACAAACUGAUGAUGCAUCAAUUAAUUAGAGACAUGGGGAGAGAAAUUGUUCGUCAAGAGUCUCCUGAGGAUCCUGGGAAACGUAGCAGAGUUUGGCGGGAUAAAGAUGCAUUUAGCAUAUUAAGAGGACAUACUCAGGGUACAGGAACAGUCAAGGGCCUCACACUAAACCUAGAGAUGUUGAAGGAAGCCAGUGCUGGUGAAUUAAAUACAAAAGGGACACAUUGUGAAGAUUCUACUGAUGAACCAAUCCUUCAUAACCAAGGAAAUCUUUCAAUACAAUAUAGCCGUGGUAUCUUCUCUCGACAACCAGUGAGCCGUGGUUUAGCAAAUCCAUUUUAUGAAGUGAACCUGAAAACAAAGGCAUUUGCCGAAAUGGACAGACUGAAGUUACUCCAACUCGGUAGUGUUAAACUCAGUGGGGAUUAUGAAAAUUUUCCUAAAGGUUUGGUAUGGUUGUUUUGGAGUGGAUUCCCUUUAAAAUCCAUUCCUAAUACAUUCCAAUUGGAGAAGCUUGCUGUUCUUGAUAUGCGCAGGAGCAGCCUAAUCAAUGUUUGGAAAGGAACAAGGUUCCUAGUUGAUCUAAAAAUCCUCAACCUCAGUCAUUCUCAUGGCCUCGUCAAAACCCCAAACUUCAUGGGCCUUCCAUCUCUUGAGAGAUUGAAGCUCAAGAAUUGCAUAAACUUGGUCGAGCUGGACGAAUCCAUAGGCUACCUUAAACAACUUAUUGUACUAGAUUUAAGGGGCUGCAAAAAUUUGAAAAGGCUUCCUAGAGAAAUUGGGUUGCUGGUAUCUCUUGAAAAAGUAAAUUUAUGUAAUUGCUCAAAACUUGAUCAACUUCCAGAGGAGAUGAGGAAAAUGCAGUCACUGAAGGUCCUUUAUGCAGAUGGUACUGCCUUAACUCAUCCAGAAGCUGUGACCGGUCCAUGGUACUCAACCUUUUGGCCAUGGUCACUACCAAGAAAAGACCCACGAUCAAUCACUUUUUCAUUUGCUAUUUUACCCAGCCAUUUGGUGACUUUAAGUCUAGCAGACUGCAACCUAUCAGAUGCAGCUAUUCCAAAUGAUCUACGAGGUCUCCAGUCAUUGGAAUCUUUAGAUCUUAAAGGAAACCCGAUCCACAGCAUUCCAGAAAGCAUCAAAAGUCUGUCUACACUCCAGUAUCUUUGCUUGGACAAGUGCACAAGCCUUCAAUGUCUUCCGGAGCUUCCAAUAAGUUUGGAGGAAUUGAAGGCAGAGGGUUGUACAUCAUUGGAAAGAAUUACCAAUCUGCCAAAUUUGUUGAGUAACUUGCUGGUGGAACUUUUUGGUUGCGACCAAUUAGUUGAGGUACAAGGUUUGUUCAAACUAGAAUCAAUUAUGAACAUGGACAUAGAAAUGAUGGAUGGCUUAGGCUUGCACGAUGCAUCGUCCUUGGGGAGCUCGGAAAUCACAAUGUUUAGUGCCAUAGCUAAUAGAGAAAUGAGGACUUCUCCCCAGGUAUUGCAAGAAUGCGGCAUCUUCAGCUUCUUCCUUACUGGUAGUGAGGUCCCAAACUGGUUCAGCUAUAAAAGCAUGGACUGUUUGUUAUCAUUUACAGUAAAUCCAGUUUCCGGUCACAAGAUCAGAGGUUUAAAUUUAUGCACAGUAUAUUCACGCGAUCAUGCGAUAUAUUGGUUGCACGCUGCUGGUCAUUAUGCUAGGAUCAGUAACGAAACCAAGGGUACAAAUUGGAGUUAUAGUCCGACAUUCUAUGGACUCCCGGAAGACGAUGAGGAUAUGAUAUGGUUAAGCUACUGGAAGUUUGGAGGUGAAUUUGAAGUAGGAGAUAGGGUGAAUGUUUCGGUGCGUAUGCCACCCGGGUAUUACGUAAAAGAGUAUGGCAUUCGCGUUGUGUACGGGAAGGAUAGCGAACGAGAUAGCAAAGGCAUAGCAGAAAGCAGGUCGAUUUGGCAUCAGAAUAUAACUGAUAGAGACUUGUCGCGGUAUGAGGUUGGAAUAGGAAAGGAAGUUUAUUUCCUACAUCAUCAUCCAUUUACAACCCCUGAUGAACUACUGAAGUUAGCAGCUCCAGAUGACUCAGAAAGUGUAGGUGGAAAUCAGAUGGAAUGGAGCAGACAUCUUGUUGUAACUGAUCCAACUUUGAAGUAUACCUUUACUUGAGUGCAGUACACCUAUUUUUGCUUACCACGUACUACUCCUCGUUGGUUGCAUAACACUCUUAGGGGUGAGCAAAAAUUGAAUUAAGCUGUUUAUCCAAAUCAAAUCAAAUCAAAGUUGAGGACUUUUUUCAUUUCUCGUUAUAGCACAGAGUUGAUGGUAUUUUGUGCAGUAUUUUCCUGCGGGUUUUGCAAAGAAGUACAUGGGUGAUGCUGGGGAGUAUGUGAGCGUUGCUGGUGACGAUAGAAGAGAGUGGAAUCUGAGGACCAAUCAAAAAAAUCGAGACGUUUGAGUUUCGGCAACGGAUGGACUGCAUUCUAUCAAGAGAAUGGUUUGAAGGAAGGCGAUAUUUGCAUUUUUGAAUUGGUUCGCAAGAAUGUGUUCCAUGUCUAUAGUUUAUAGUUAGAGCUGAGCAAUUACUUUGUUGGUGACUGCUACAUUUAUAAUUUAAAAACAUUGAUAGUUCUAAGUAGCCAAGAAAAAACUAAAAAAAACUGAGAUGUUAGUUCUAUGUAACUUGAAAGGUUUCUUUUAUAAUUUUUGCCUAAUAAAAAACAUUAAGAGAA